CAAAAAAUAAUUGAAAUAAAUCAAUUUGGAAUGGAGGGGGGGCAUUUUUGUCUUUUUACCAUGUCAUAUGCAGUGAUUUUAUAUUUACUAAACUUACAACUACAUAAACAUAUUUAUUGUAACAUUUCAUAAUGUUCAUUAUCAUCAUUGUCAAUACAUGAAGGAUGUAAUGAUAAUUCAAUUUUUCCUCUUUUUAUUAUCUCAAUCUGUUCAAAUAAUACACAUACAUGAGGUACAUACUAGCCAGUACAUGUGCUUCAAAGUUCAAACACCUACACUAUAAGUCUGAGGCCAAAAAAUCACAAAUAAGUGAAGCAAGAGUCGCCUUGAUAGGGAUGUAUUGGUCAGCUCAUUUGCGCCUGACAACAAGUUCAUUGAAACGCCUUUUAGCAUCAGCCAAGUCAACUUCACCAUUUACAGCCACGCGAAUGAGUUGGUCCAGAGGCCCCUAUCCAAGCCUUGCACGAGAUUUAUUCUUUAUCCUUUAUCCUAUUUUGAAUUUGGAAUCCCCUUUCGCAACUAGCUGAGUUGAGAGGAAUGAUCAAGGCAAUCUCUGCCAAUUGAGAGUAACAUGGAAAAUCCAUUGGAUUUUGGAUCAGCUGAAGACAAUGCUUGGCCAAUACGAGAUUCCUUGCGAGAUCUCGAGAUGGUGGAGAUGAAUAUGGCGGAUCAUUUUAAAACAAAUAUUUUUAAAUUUUGUACAAAACGUCUCAUAAAACAUACAUUCAGAGGAUAAAUAAGCUGCUCUGGGGUAAAAACGUUUCUACUACUGUUUGAGUGUUCUAAGAAGUAUGAUUUUUGGAAAGUGCUGUGGAAAUAAAGUGUGUCCAAGGGACUCUGGAGUUUUUUAUUUCUCUGUCCAACGUUAUUUUUUGGGGUCCAUCUAAUGAAAGGACGAC